GCCCCUUCCCCAGCUUCAGUCUGCAGCUACUCCUGGCAGGGAAGUUGUUCUUUGCUUCCACCAAGCUGUGAGACAUCAAAGGCUAAAGACUCCAGAGCCAUGCAGGGUCUCGGGACCCUGUUCCUGCUGUUGGCUGCCUGUGUGGCUUCAAGGGCUGACCUAGACAUCCAGGUUCAGGAGAAUUUCAGCGAGUCCCGGAUCUAUGGAAAAUGGUUCAACCUGGCGGUGGGCUCCACCUGCCCGUGGCUGAGGAGGAUCAAGGACAAGAUGAGCAUAAGCACACUGGUGCUGCAAGAAGGGGCCACGGAAGCAGAGAUCAGCAUGACCAGCACCCGAUGGCGGAGAGGUGUCUGCGAGGAGAUCUCUGGAACAUAUGAGAAGACAGACAUCAAGGGAAAGUUCCUCUCCCGCAAACCCAAAUGGAACAUAAAGAUGGAAUCCUAUGUGGUACACACAAACUAUGAUGAGUAUGCCAUUUUCCUGACCAAAAAGUUCAGCCGCCACCAUGGAACCACCAUCACUGCCAAACUCUAUGGCCGGGAGCCACAGUUGAGAGACAGCCUUCUGCAGGAGUUCAGGGAGGUGGCCCUGAGCGUGGGCAUCCCUGAGAACUCCAUCAUUUUUAUGCCUGACAGAGGGGAAUGUGUCCCUGGGGAUCUGGAGCCACAGCCCACGCCACCUCUGAGAGCCCGGAGGGCAGUGCUACCCCAAGAAAAUGAGGGAUCAGGGGCUGGGCCACUGGUAACUGAGGUCCUCAAGAAAGAAGAUUCCUGUCAGCUCAGCUACUCAGAAGGUCCCUGCCUAGGGCUGAUAGAGAGGUAUUACUACAAUGGCGCUUCCAUGGCCUGUGAGACCUUCCAAUAUGGGGGCUGCCUGGGCAACGGCAACAACUUCAUCUCUGAGAAAGAAUGUCUGCAGACAUGCCGGACCAUAGCGGCCUGCAAUCUCCCCAUAGUCCAAGGCCCCUGCCGAGCCAAUGUGGAGCUCUGGGCAUUCGAUGCAGCGCAAGGAAAGUGUGUCCAGUUCACCUACGGGGGCUGCAAAGGCAACGGCAACAAGUUCUACUCCGAGAAGGAGUGCAAGGAGUACUGUGGAGUUCCUGGUGAUGGGUACGAGGAGCUAAUGCGCAGUUGAAGGUACAGUCUGCAAACCAGAGAGGACAGCCACUGUCUGUCCCAGUGUGGGCUAGCCCAGGAGAUCUGGACCCAAAUAAAACAAGCUGUCACCUCUUGGUA